AUGUCCGAAGCAGAAGCAGAAGCUGCUUCAAUGGUUUCAGUCGUUGCUUCGCUAUCUAAAAGCUUCGAUCAAGUGCCUCCUUCCGCCGUUCCGGCGGUGCUAGACUGUAUUCUCGCUUCCACCGGUUUGUCUCCGCCCUCACUCUUCGCUUCACUCCUCCAUGAUUUUCCUCCUUUUCUCAAGGACAUUAUCAAGGAGGAUGGUACUUUGGAUUCUGAUAAACGACACCGUCUGGUGUCAUUGGUGGCCGCAUUUUGUCACCUCCUCAAGAAAACAGGGGUUGAUUGUGACGCGAUGCAACUUUUUGUUUGGAGGUGUUUUCUUCCUUUAGCUAAGGUGUUGCCACCAUCUCAGCAUGACUUGCUUAAUCAGAUAACAGAAUCACUCAUGGAUGUUGUGAUUAAAACCGGCACCUUGGAAGUUCUUGAAGAAACUUUGGUGCCAGUUUUUAUAAGAUCAAUCGGUCUUUCACUGGGGAUGCUUCAUAAUGAUGACUCGAGUUUGUAUAAAUGGAGUAGAGAAUCGUCUCACCAGAAUUCACAUGACGUAGUUGAUGAGGGACAGUUUACAUCUUCAUCAAGUUGUUACAAAUUGACAACAUCAUGCAAUAUUUUGUCUGUAGUUCUGGAACUCGCCCUUCAGUUUCUGCCUUCAAAUACAGUCUCCAAGUCAGCUGAAAGAGAAGGGUGUAUUGCUGAUACAUUUGUUAAACUUUUGAUUUUGGAAUUAUGUAGUAUGAGUGAACGGAUGCUUUUACAUAGUCCAGAACAUAGAUCUUGCGCAAUUGGCUUUCUUCUUCCUGUCAUUCUCAAAACAUUCCAUGUCACUUGCUCUUUUGAAAUCACAAUUCGUGAGCAGAAACAUGGUUUAUCUCGGGCACAUUUCUUCAUGAAAAUAUGGAACUGUUGCAAAACACUAUUUUCAAUGGGACCUCUAGAGAGAAGAGAGGGAUACAACACACUCUCUUUGUAUUUCUCUUUUUCCUGGCUGGCAGAAGAAUAUGAAAUUUCUGAUAGUGAUACAGUCAUUCAAACUGAAGAGUUUGACAUAAGAGCAGAAAAAGAGUUCUGGGAUGAGAUAAAGAUGGGGCUGGUUGACAGGGAGAGUUUAGUGAGGAAGCAGAGCUUACAUAUAUUGAAGAUGGCUCUAAAUAUACGAGAAGGAGCCAAUUCCCUCCCUAGCAUUUCAAAAAGCGACACCAAUGGAAAGUGUUCAGUACCUUGUGGGGUGACAAGGAAGGAACUAUGGGCUCUCAAAGAAGCGAAGUCACUUGGUGUUGGGAAGCUUUCGACGUUAGACGAGCUUAUUUAUAACAGCCAGCAAUAUUGGGGUGCCUUUGUGCUUUUAUACGAGAUGCUUGAGGAGUAUGGUACUCAUUUAGUUGACGCAGCUUGGAAUCAUCAGGUCUCCUUGAUGCUUCAAUUCUCUGAAUCGUAUCUCAAUGUUGCAACAAAUAUCAGUAAAUUUCAUCAAGAUCAAUUUGAAGUAUGUGGCCAGCCUUUUGACUGGUUAUCUAUUUUAUGGGAACGGGGCCUCCAACAUGACAAUCCUCAAGUAAGGUGCCUGAUCAUGCAGUCUUUCCUUGACAUCAAUUUGGGGGAUCAUGUGAACUACGUAAAGUCAGUGCCUGAAACCUUUGUUCUCGGUCCAUUUAUGCAAGGGUUGAAUGAUCCAAUACACCAUAAAGAAUUUGGUGUUAAAGGAGUUUACACAUCAACCGUGAUUAAAGGUGCAGCCCAGUUUUUCCAGAAGUAUGUUAGUUUUCUAGCACCAAGGAAGCUCUUUGCAUUUUUAUGCAAUUUAGCAUCCACCUCUAAACAUCAGUCUUUUGGACGGGCUGGACUUAUGGGCCUAGCUGAAUGCAUUGCUUCAGCUUCAGCUGGUAUUGGAAUAGUUAUUCAUGCCAGGACAGAAUCAUUCACAGGAAAUCUCCCAGUGGAAUUUGUUACUGGAAUGGAAAGUCAAACUGGUAAAAAAGAAUUACUGGAUAUCUUUAGAUAUGUUAUUGAGAGCAGCAAACAACAUUUCAAUCCCAGUUACCGACUUCAAGUUUGUGGCAGGAUUCUUGAGGCUGCUGCUUCUGUGGUGUGCGCAUUUGAUAUUUCUCUUGAAACUCUUUUGCUCUUCAUUUCAGCAUUGCCACACGAAUUUACGGAUUAUGGUGGCAAAUUAAGACCGACUGUGCAACGAUGGUUCUCUGGUUGUGGUUACAAGGAUUGCUGUGCCAAUUGCUGUAUGAAUGAUAUGAAGCUCUGCAAGAAUCUUUAUGACUUCCCACAUAGCUUUAUUAGUAAUCAUCUUUCCAUUGAUAUUUCUCUUAAUUAUGACGAUGGCGACUUGAGUGCAUGGGAGUUUGAAGCAAAUAGAUGGGCAAGAGUGCUUUUCCUUGCAAUUACAGAGGAGCAUCCUCUGGAACCUAUUUUAAUGUUCAUUCAAAAGAUUGGCUCUAAUAUCUUCAUACAAAACCAUGAUGCAGUUUACAUAAGAGUCAAAUUCUUGAUUCUUGCCUCAAGUUUUGUUAUGGAGCUUCGCAGGACAACGGAAAGAGUGAUUGAAUAUGGCAGUAAAGCCAGAACAAAAAAUAUAGAGAUUGGCUUUCCUGGUGUAGCUGAUGAUUGGAGUUUCAUAGAUGACAUUUCUAAAAAGCUUGUUGAUAUAUUUCUGUAUUUGUUGGAUGAUCUGGUUCAGUUUGCAACCCGGUCUUGUUCCGUUUUCUGGUCUGGUGCUGUUGUAGAGGACACUGCACUGCCUGGUGCAGUAAGAGGAAAACUUGGAGGUCCUAGUCAGCGGAGGUUGCCAAUUUCUGCCACCACUGCUGUAUUGCAGGCGGUAGAGAAUAGUGAUCACGGCCAGAAAGUUGUUGGUAAUGGGAGAGCAGUUGGAUUGGAUGGGGUUACGGAGUAUUGGAAAAAAGAGGUAAAAGCUGUUGUGUUUUAUUCCUCAGCCUUAGGCUGA